AUGGAGCUGCAAGGCCGCUUAGUGGACUCCACUUUGAUAAAUUUUGUCAAUGAUAUGAACCUGAUAGAGUUUCCGCAGAACUACAAUUUGGCAACGAAACAGCAGGUGGAUGAUACCCCACCCAGUCCGAGCAACCAGACGCGGCUGAACGACUCAUCGUGGAGCAGGGGCUUGGAAACCGGUGUGCUCAGUGCGGAGCUCCGAGCCGAGCAUCUGGGGAUGGGCCCACCGAGGUACUACAGCCGCGGGGCCCACGGGCACACCAAGUCCAAACGGAGGAGGAUCAUCACCGUGGUGCAGCGACAGGCGGCCAAUGUGCGGGAAAGGAAGCGGAUGUUUAGCCUGAACGAGGCGUUUGAUGAACUGAGGAGGAAAGUUCCCACAUUCGCCUACGAGAAGAGACUGUCCCGCAUCGAGACACUCCGCCUGGCCAUCGUCUACAUCUCCUUCAUGACGGACCUGCUGGAGAGCACCUGA